AUGUUAUAUCAAGGGCAAUUUACCCGAGGUGAUCAUGGUCACCCAACGGUCAUACUUGAAGCAGUUGCAUCACAAGAUAAGUGGAUUUGGCAUGCUUUUUUUGGUUCUCCUGGUUCGAUUAACGACUUCAACGUUCUUAAUCAUUCACCUAUAUUUAACAACAUAUACGAUGGAUCUGCACCAGAUUCUUCUUAUGAAGUGCGUAGAACACCAUAUAAGUAUGGUUAUUAUCUGGUCAAUGAAAUCUAUCCUGAGUAUGUUGUGUUUGUUAAAUCGUUUACGUGUCCAUAUGGUUCUAGACGAAAAAAAUUCAAGAGAGCUCAAGAAAGAGCUAAGAAGGAUGUUGAACGUGCUUUUGGAGCUCUGAAGAAACGGUGGUUCAUAUUGAAAAAACCAACAGUUAAUUUAGGCGAGGAAAAACUUCAAGAAAUCAUGUAUACAUGUCUCAUAUUGCAUAACAUGAUUAUUGAAGACGAAGCAAGAGCAAUAUGUGCGUUUGACGAGGAAGAAACCAUACCAGAGACACAACCAAUAAAAAUUGGUGGCGAAGAGUAUAUGAACAUGAGAGCAGAGAUACGUUGCACUGAAACAUUUCACAAUCUUCGCAAUGACUUAAUGAAACACAUUUACGGGGUUCAAAACAUUAACCUUAAUUUGGAUCCACCGGAUGAUUCCGAAGACGAGUUCUUGAAGAACGACUUUAUGUAG